AUGUCCUCGAUUCUGGACCUACCGAGCGAGUUGCUCUUGUUGAUAUUUGAAAAUCUUGAUGACCUAGAUGAUGUUUUGCACCUGGGACGGGCUUGCAGGCAGCUGUACAACUGUCUCGAUGGUGGGCAGAAUCGACUUCGUAUCUACAAGUCGGUGAUUGCUCGUGCAGCACAUCAUCAGUAUGACAUCCAACUGUGCUAUCUCAUCGAGGCGAAUCAGCGGUACACGUCGAACUAUUUGACCUUUCAGGAUGAACCACCCGCAUCCUGCCGACCACAAGGCCAAUUUCUUUCGAAAUCGUUUCAAGUUUUGACCUCCGACCUGCAAGAUGAGUUCGUGUGGUCGAUUUCUACCCGGUGGCAGGGACUGCGGCUUCUUCGAGAUCUCUACAGACACCCAGCAAUCCAGUCUGCAUACUCCUGCUCUAGCCUUCGCUACCGUGACGAAUACCUUUCUGAGCAGGGUGUGGAAAUGUUGCGGCGGGAAGGAUCUCUACCCCAUCUCGAGGCCAAUUCACUUGGGGUGUCCCUAGUCCCCGUUUGA